GAGGGCCGAGGGAGCUGCCAAAGUGUAUAUAAGGAGAGAGAGGGGAAGUCGCUGAUGUGAAAAUCCACAGCAAGCAAAUAGCCUUCCAACCGAGGAGCAGAGACGAACACGGAUUACCUUUAAUUGCUUUUUUUAUUUUUACAUAUAUACCUUUUGACAAAGCACCACUUUGGGAUCAUUUGUUGAACAUUAGGGGGGUUGGAAGAGAGCAGUGAUCUGCAUAAUUUGUUUUUUUUGUUUGUUUUUUUACCGUCUUCCCUUUAUUUUUUUUAUUUUUUUUUUUACCUUUAUUUUCUCCUGAGAGAGACGCGGACUUCUAAGUGCAUCAGUAUGUUGAACAAUAUGGAUUUGAAUGCGAAAGAUUCCUUUUAUCCUCAGUUUGACAAUUGCAACAGUUCUUCCCUGGGAAUGGAAAACAGCGGACGGAAAGAUAACCAGGAGGUGUAUGUCGACGCAGAGCGGGGGGUACCUGCCCAGUUUGGCCACGAAGGAGCACCUGCGACCCUCAAAACCGAAGCUUCCAACUCGGAAUUCGCUUUUAACCCUUGCGAGUGCCCAAAAGACACCUACACCCCCUCAUCGCUCGCCUACUCCGGCAGUUUCUAUGUGGAGGCAUCUCAGGGAGCGCCGUGCAGCACCGAAACGCUCCUCAACAUGAUCACUGAGAUCGUGGGUAUAUCUACAAUGCCAAUCUCAGAAGUGCAACAGAGCGGCAACAGUCGGGGAACUUAUCCAUCGCCUCCGCCGAUGGACAGCAGCAAUGGCAAUUUUGGAGACAUCAAAAGGCAGUCCUACAUCUGUACAUCCGGACCCACUCCUCCUGGAUACUCUCCAGAGCAGACGUGCCAGAGAUAUGCUGAUGAUCAGGCCGGCAGUCAGGCCCAAGACCCGACCACUUCCCAGCUCCUCUUCAGCUCCUCGGGAGCUCCAAACCAGAAGAAGACUGAACCAAAGUCUGAGGCCGCUUCUUUUCCCGUGGUGGUCAAGAAUGAGUUCGAAAGCAGCUGCUACGAGUGGGGGACAUUUAACAAGUCCGGCUGUUUGGAGACAAGUUUCCAGACAGAAACCUUCCCGAUGUCGAGCGACUUCCCCCCCGACCAGCAGAUGGAUGUAAAGGAACUUUUAGACACGUUCCCCCCGAUUUGUCCCAACCCAGAGAUGGAGUUUAAAGUGGAGGGAGGGAUCAAGCAGGAGCCGUGUUUCUCUGACACCUGCUCCCAGAGCUACUCCAGUCCUCUGUAUAAUAAUUACCUCCCCCCGCCGCCUAUGGGCCUCUCCUCAAACCUCAAACCCUUUCCUGAACCAGCACAGCCAUCUAACCAGUGUGACUCCUUAUACGCGUCACCAGCUUUGCCAAGCACCAUAGAUUCCAUCUUGUAUUCUUCCUUGUUGCCAGAUUCUUUUGCCCAAAGUUACACGACCCGCGUGACCAAGUCCCCCAGGGCCAGAAAGAGCCCCGCCGCCUCCCACGGCCCAGCCAAAGAGAAGCCUUUCACCUGCCCCAUGGAAAGCUGCGACCGGCGUUUCUCGCGUUCGGACGAACUAAACCGGCACAUCCGCAUCCACACGGGCCACAAACCUUUCCAGUGCCGCAUCUGUUUGCGCAGCUUCAGUCGUAGCGACCACCUCACCACCCACACCAGGACUCACACGGGCGAGAAGCCGUUUUCCUGCGACGUGUGCGGCAAACGGUUUGCGCGCAGCGACGAGAGGAAGCGGCACGGCCGCGUACACCUGAAACAGAAGGAGAAAAUGGAAAUAAAGCCUCAGGUGAGCGCCGCUCCGUGGCCCUUCGUUCUUCCCGAGGGGAUUUGAAGACACCUCCACGUGUCCACACACCCACACACACACAAUAUUAGGAUCUUUCCGUCUUGGAAGAUAAGUCAGCUGACUUACAACUUGAUGUCUGAGUUGGUCUGACUUCAUGGCGAGCCAAUGCCUGCAGACUGAGGAGGUGUUUUUAUUUUUGAGGAGCAGAGAAGAGAGAGUGCUUCGGCCUUGCUGUCCGUUGCAGAUGACGCUGACUUCAGGCAAACUUAAAUGCAUAAGUUGUAAACGUCGGUAAAGAGAUGAACAGACCGAGCCUGGUAGCUGUUGCACAGUCUUGUGGAGCCAAACCUCUCUGUUUGCAUUUGCAUGACUGCUGUUCAGCACCUCUUCACGUGGACAGCUCCAACCUCCACCGCCUCUGAGCCUGGAUGGAUUGCACUUAUUAAAUAUCGCCGUUUAAGAUUCUUAUUUUCUGCUUUUAGCGUUCCUAGAGCAAUGGUUUGGACUAUGUUUCUUGAAAAAUGCAUGUUUAUGUCAGUGUUUUACUUUUCCUUUAAUCGGAAUAAUCAACCACUGUCAAGGUGCACGCCUUCACUCAACAGUGAGGGUGAUUGACUUGAAUGUAACAUAUUUAUGGAUCUGACCAUAAAGCUGUCCAUCUUUGAUCAAAUUUAGUGUUUGUUUAACUCCUUAUCAUUUCGAUGUCAGGUGUUUUUUUGUCAUUUGGUCCUUGUGCUGUGUUACGAUUGUUUGGAUUAUUACAGUUGUGAAAGCUAUAUCAUAAAUGGGAAAUAAAUAUAUUUGUAUGACUGUA